AUUUUCAUUUUUUGAUAUUCGGAAAGCCCCCUUCUUUAUUCUCAAAUAUUCUUUAUUCUUGACAACAAGAAUUUCCGUCAAGUAAAUUCUUUCCCCCGCCCUCCUCACUUCUCUUCGCGACUGACUGUUAGCUCUGUCAGCUGUUGUGACUGCACGAUCGUGUGACACGGCCGGUGAAAAGAUACGCGAAUAGCGGCCACGAUUACGACACGUUGCGUUCGAUGAUUAUCUAAACUGCGAUUUCGAGUCAGGAUACACGAGGAUCGCGAGGAUGUUGCGCACGAAACCGUUGAGGAACGGCAACGGCGGCAAGUGCGAGGUUAAUGUAUGGACACGUGCGAUCACGGCGAACUCGGAAUGGCCGGACAAGGAGGAAUUUCUUGACGUGAUAUAUUGGGCGAGGCAAGCGAUCGGUAUUAUCGUCGGUAUAGGAUGGGGCCUUAUACCUCUGAAAGGUUUUUUAGCUCUAUUGUUAUUUGUAAUAGUCAAUGCGGGAAUUACAUAUUUAUACUUUAGCAGUUUUCAACAAAUCGACGAAGAAGAAUUUGGUGGCAUAUGGGAAUUGACGAAGGAAGGUUUUAUGACCUCGUUCGCUGGUUUUCUAGUGACUUGGAUUAUUAUAUACUCUGGAUUACAUUUUGACUGACUUACAUUUUAAAUCGUGGAUACACAAGGAGCAAUAGCUUUUCAUAUAAAUAAAUCAUCGCCGCUGCCAAAUUCAUUAUGCAAUAGUCAUUUCCUCGCAAUAGGUAUCGUUACAUAUUGAAUUCUCGCAUACUGUUACAUAUUGUUACAUACAAGUAUGAUAUAUUUAUCUGUAUAAAGAUCUUACCUUCUCAAGUGGUGUGUUUUGAUUCUAUGACCAAUCAUUUGAAUUCGAAGCACAUGUAUACAUCCAUCAAUGUACAAAGUUCAGUUAAGUAUUUGCAAUUCAAUGUGUGUUGCAAAUUACAAAAAUAAAUUUAUUCAUAUACCUCGCGUA